AUAGUUACUACAUUCUGACGGUAUGCUCACUUUUUUUUGGAACUUGCAUAAGAAGGAAAGCUGGAGAAGGUUCUUAUUAAUUAUCUUCCUAUUAUUAGUUUAUGACAACUGAAGAGACUAUGCGAUUUGCCGAUCAUUUUUGGAACACUGACAUCUGUGAUUUUACGGGCUUUGAAAUCAUUUGCCAACGAUUACAAAAAGGAAGAAGAUUUGUUAAAGAUUAUGCAGAAUUCUUGAAGCAAAGAGCCCAGGCUGAAGAAGCGUAUGGUAAUUCUUUGGUGAAAGUAGCCAAAAGUGCUGGUGGAAGAUACGAAAUAGGUACUCUCCGCCAGGCUUGGGAAGUGAUACUGAAUCAGACCGAAUUAGUAGGUUUAACCUACCUUAACAAUGCACACCAGUUGAACAAAGAAAAAACUCGGAUUCUUGAGUUUGUAGAAAAUCUUAAUAAAAGAAGUAAAGACAGGGCAUGUCAAACACGUGAAGCAAACAAUGUGAAAAGACAAAAAUAUAAGCAACUACAAGAGGAAAAGAGGACGUAUUAUAUGCGAUGUAGGGAGUCUGCAUCGUACUCAGAUUAUUUAAAGGAAGAAACGGAGAAACAGAACUCUCAACAAAAAGAAUUUGAAAUGAUUGUACAAAAGCAUAAAAAUGCUGUCCAGAUGAUGUCUGAUGCUAAAGAUACUUACUGCAAAAAUCUAGAGAGCUUUGAAGAGUACUGCAAAGAGUGGGAAAAGAAAAUGGAAGACACUUGUGAGACUUUUCAGGUUCUUGAAGCGGAACGGAUCUUUUUCCUAAAGGAUUCCAUGUGGUCUACUGCCUAUAUGUUCUCUUCGUUGCAUCUGAAUGGGAAAGAGUCAUUUAAAGAGAUUAAGAAGGGUCUUGAAAACAUAGUCGCUGCUACAGAUUUGGAUUUGUUUAUACGACAGAAACAGACAGGAACAGUGAGGCCUGAAACAUUUAGAUUUCAACCAUACGAAGAUCAAGAAAACUUUGAAGCAGCUGGAAGCCCCUCAACUUUUUUAAAGUUAAAAAUACUGAGCAUGAGAAAGUUUUUAAGUUUAUCACCCAAACAGUCCCUAUCGGAUGUGAAUAAAGAAGGCAACUCAUCAAAUACAACAGAAGUUUUUCCAACAUCAAAGCCUAUAGACAUGACCGACUGUCUUAUGGCUAUAAACAAUGAAUACGAGUCUUUUGAUCUGGAAGAAGAGUCAAAACCUACAGAUGGUCAGUUCUUCAGGGUACUGUAUGAAUACAAAUCAGAGAAUGAAAGUGUCAUAUCCGUUCUUGAGAAGGAUGUUGUACGCCUUCUAAGAAAGGAAAACAAUGAGUGGUGGGAAGUAGAAACAAAAGAUGGAAGACAAGGCUAUUUUCCUGCAAAUUACUUGGAACCAUCGAUAUGCUCACCUACCGAGGAAACUUAGAACUAAGGAAAUAUUCAAAUAAAAACUAUUUAGACUUAAUGAUUAUAGCCCCAUUAAUAACAUUAUGUUCCCACACAAAUGUAUGACUACUGUGUAAAAAAUAAUUAUUUAGAAGAUAUUUAUGUGUGUUAUUUUUUGUUGACACACUUGUCUUCCGGUGUGUCAUCAGUAAGUUUACUUGUAAUUCCCCCUAUUAUUUCUCACAAUUCAUAAAUUAAAACUAUUUUUCUCAUACA